UAAUGUGUUUGCUUACAGAUUGAUGACAACAUUGCAAGCUUGGUUAUUGCCCAGCUUUUGUUCUUGCAGUCAGAGAACACCAAGAAGCCAAUUCAUAUGUACAUUAAUAGUCCUGGAGGUGUUGUGACGUCCGGCCUUGCAAUCUAUGACACAAUGCAGUAUGUGCAGCCUCCUAUAGCCACAUGGUGUGUGGGUCAGGCCUGCUCCAUGGCAUCUCUCCUGCUAGCAGCUGGAAGUCCUGGCAUGAGACACUCUCUACCUCAUUCUCGAAUUAUGGUUCACCAGCCUCAUGGUGGUGCACAAGGACAGGCAACAGACAUUCAAAUCCAAGCAGAAGAAAUUCUUCGACUGAAGGAAAGAUUAAAUAAUCUUUAUGUCAAGCAUACUGGCUUGCCUAUAGAAAAGAUUGCACCGAUGAUGGAGCGAGACAAGUUCAUGGGAGCGGAGGAGGCCAAGGAGAUGGGCUUGGUUGAUGAGGUUCUUACCAGUCCGCCCAAAGUAGGAGACAAAAGUACUCAAACUUCUGAGUAAUUUUUUCCUUUUCAAAAUGUCUUUAUGUUGGGACACUAUCAGGUGUGUAUAUAUGGUUUUGAUCUCCCCUAGUAUCAUUGUUUUGUAUGUGUCUGUUCCAAACAGAGAUUUAAAAGCAUGGAAAGGGUAGGGAUUUCUAUCAUAUUGCUAAAGCACAUUUCAGUAGCUUAAUAAUUUUCAGUGCUGGGUUGCUAGAUGAUAAAGAGAUUUGGCAGAACAACUGCAGUGUAUUGCCUCUUUGUUGUAAAUACUUUUUGUAUCAAUAAAGAUUUUGCAAAAUUG